GUGACGUGUUUCCGCCUUCAGUCCAGUCGCCGCGGGUCGAUGUUGGCCUUCCUGGGACAGUCAAAGAACCAAACUUUAAUUUACGCCCUUUGAAGACAGAAAACGCAACAGCGUGCGAAACAGCCCGGGAACGCCGAGACAGUAUUUUCACGUAACGUAUCAUAGAAGCCAAGUAGUUUGUAGCUCGACCAUGGCCAAGGUGCAGGUGUUGAAUGUAGCUGUACUGGACAACCCGAGCCCGUUUGGAAAUCCGUUCCAGUUUGAAAUAACGUUCGAGUGCAUGGAGGAUCUGCCGGAAGACCUGGAGUGGAAAAUCAUCUAUGUUGGUUCAGCUGAGAGCGAAGAGUAUGACCAAGUCUUAGACUCUGUUCUUGUUGGCCCGGUACCGGCUGGCAGACACAUGUUUGUCUUUCAGGCUGAUGCUCCUAACACAGGGCUGAUUCCAGAGAGUGACGCUGUCGGAGUGACUGUAGUCCUCAUAACCUGCACCUACCGUGGACAAGAGUUCAUCCGCAUCGGUUACUACGUCAACAACGAAUACACAGACCCCGAACUACGGGAAAACCCACCCCUCAAACCAGACUACACUCAGCUCCAGAGGAAUAUUUUAGCCUCCAAUCCUCGUGUCACCCGCUUCCAUAUAAACUGGGAGGGCUCGGCGGACAAGAUGGAAGACGGCGAGAAUGUUGACCCGUCCCCCAACAUCAGUGGCAUGCUGCCGCCAUCCUGUGUAACAGGAAAGAUGCCACCUCUUGGACUGAUGCCAGACAACUCCAUGGACUGCAUGUAAGAAUCGUCAGAUUAACAUAAUGGACAUGAAGCCCUUCUUAUCCGUAAAUAACCCACAUCGCAAAACGCAUUUGGACAAGGAGGCCAUGGAUGUAUCUACAUGACAUGUGGUCAUUAACAGGAAGCACAGACAUGGCAGCGGGGGACACUCUUUUUAUAUAUGCCAUGCACAGAUGGGGUGGAUCUGGGAUAUUCACCUAUGGUUUUCUCUCUUGUGGUCUCUUUUUCACCACACAACCAGCACUUCCUUAAUUUUACUGUACUUCUGUCUUGGAUCAUAUUAAAGCUGAGCCAGAGACAUUUUGAGUCAUUAGGGUGUGGUGAUUGUGUAACAGGAAUGCCAUGUUCUUACAGCCCUGAGACUUGAAAGUCAUGCUGAUACACUGAUUUUUGUGCUCUUGAGGAUACAUACAUUGUUCUCAUGUGUCAUCUCAUGUGAAUUAGUAGCAUCUGACUCUGUGGAAACAAAUUUAGUCUUGAACAUGGGCCUUACAGUUUAGUUGGACAGCUUGUGCAGAGUACAAUCUUGUACUUGCAAGUUUUUUCACCUUUAGUUGUCCAGAUAAGUCAGUAAACCUACUGCUUUGAACAGGCCCCAGUUCAGAAAAAAAGUUCUAGAAAAUGUUACAUACGAUGUCUGUCUGUGCGCGAAACAUGGAGGUAAACGAGAUAUCAAUUUCAUAUUGCAGUCUAGUUGUUUUGAUAAACAUAGGCCUACUGUAAAUAAGUGCUUAUUUUGUCUUCAGGAUAAGGAGACCUGUUUUCUUUUUGUACUUACUAUAUAAUCUCUGCCUCAGUAUUUGUAACGACAGUGAUGGGGUUAAUAAAGUUUGGUUUGUGGACCUUG